AUGGAGACGGUGGAACAGCUAGUUUCCUCUCACAUUCAGGUCCAGUUGAGCGGGGGCGCGCCUUGGUUCACGCUGAAAGGCGGACUCGAGCACGGCGAGCCACUCAUCAUCACUAAAAUUGAGGAUGGAGGGAAGGCGGCCCAGAGCAAGAAGCUAAAAGUGGGCGACGAGCUCAUUAACAUUAACGGAUCCGCCCUCUACGGCAGCAGACAGGAAGCUCUCAUCCUCAUCAAGGGGUCGUACCGGAUACUGAAGCUCGCCGUGCGGAGACGCAGCGUUCCUCUCAUCAGACCUCACUCCUGGCACCUGGCAAAGCUAUCGGAGCUGCCCCUCCCUCCCCUUCCUCCUCCCCCUCCUCCUCCUCCUCCACCACCUUGCCUCCCACCUGCCGACUCCCCUCCUCUCCCCCCUCCUCCGCCUCCCUCUGCCAUGCAGCUCCACCCCGGCCCUUACACACUACCCUGGCACACAACUGACAACAGUGACUUGUCCAUGCAGUGGGGUCAGCUGUCCAGACCUUACUCGUCCACCGACCGCAGCAGUUCCCUUGGCUCCAUGGAGAGCUUGGACACACCAACGCCCACAACGCAGCCGUUCUCCGACUCCCACAAUUCACCCGUCGACCCGGUCCUCUUCAACAACAAGAGAGAUUCCGCCUACAGCUCCUUCUCCGCCAGCUCCAACACAUCCGACUACGCCACGGUGCCGCUAAGGCCCGGUGAGGCGUGCUCCAUGGAUAACCUCCUCCAAAGUCUUGGACCACAUUGUCGAGGUUACCCAGGCGGUGAUGCCUCGACCCUGGGGAGCUCAUCUGGCGAGACCCCCGAUGAGGCGCACCUGAUCCUAGUAAAAUCCAGAUCGCUGACUAGGCCGAAAUCGAGGCCUAUCGAGGUAAAAGACAGGCCCUCCUCCUGCUGCUAUGACGAAGACAGGAGGGGGGGAGACUUUGAUAUCAUAAGAAAUGGAGAAAGGGGGACUGAAAGAAAAAUGAACCCUCCCCAACCUCCAACUAGAAAGGACAGUUUCAAGGCAACCCGGAGUCGCCCCAAUGUUGCCAACAAACGUUGUGCCUCUGCCCCAAUUGAAAUUUCCAGCAUCUACUACGAUGAAAACAAGUCCUCCUUGAAUGUAGACUCAGGGGUUCAUAAUGGCUUCCCUGCACCAGAAGAAGGUGACAAAACUGUGAAUUUCAAAGCCCAGACCAUCGAAUCCUACUACAUGCAAACCCAGACUCAAGAAAUUGGACCUAUCAUAUGUGAUACUAGUAGCAAAAGAGACUACGCCUCAGAGACAAACUCAGAUCACCUCCCUGACACAGUUGGGGCCAACACCUCCUCUGGUUCUGGUUCUUUACCUACAGAAUCCUCAAUGGAGGAUCAAGUGCACUCUCAUGUCACGCACUCCGACACCAAGCACUCCUCUACGGGGCUUCACCGGCACAACGCCCCCGACAAGCUCCUCGCCACACAACUAGAGUUAUUGCAGUUUAACAGCGACGGCUCGUCAUUGGACCCUUACAAUCCGUCAGAGACUUCUUUGUCCCCUAGUAGCAGCCAAUGGUCCCAUUCACAGCCCACAACGGAGAACCAAGAGGGUUCUCACAAUCACAUGGCCCCAUCGAACAAGUGGGGAGGCAGCCGAUGCUCAACCCCUGGAUCUGAAUUCUUGGACGGGGACGAAGGAGAUUCAAGUGAGAGGGUGGAUGGGAUGGGUGUGAAUGGUAAGUCCAUCUCCCCGAUUCAGCACCAUCAUCCCUGGGGUCGCUCUGUGAGUGUACCAGGGGAACCGACUGGAUCGUCAGCCAGACCAGACCAGAUAUCGGAGAGAGACUUUGAACCUCUUAGUGCUGCUGCGAGUAUGGACACAUUACUGGAGGAGCAGAGAGCAGCGGAUAGAGAGAUAAGCGGAGGGAAAAAAGAGGAGAAUGCAGAAGCCAUGAAGAAGUCGAGCUCUGCCAGGAACCAUCGACGAAACCGGCGUCGCAGUGAGCGGUUCGCUACCAAUCUCCGCAAUGAGAUCCAGAGGAAGAAGGCUCAGCUUCAGAGGAGCCGGGGGCCUGGAGGGCUGCUUUGUAGUGGUGAGACUGUCCAAGAGGAGGAGGGUCCAGACCUUUAUGAGGACAGCGAAGAACCAGACCUGCCAGCCCCAGAAAGUAAUACCAAAGUUGCGUUUGCUGCACCCGUUUCUCCCUUAGAUACUCGGACCACAGCACCUGUCGAAAAAGUAAACAAAUCAAAUGAACAAAACCCCGAUGUCUCACAGAGUCAACCCCAGUCCCCAAGCUACACUCAGAACAACAUAUCCAGGUCUGUUCAGAUUCUGGACCCAGGAGUUCCCAAUUUUGGCGUCGGCAUCCGAGUUGUGGAGGAGCAAGCUCCUGCCGGCAAAGCUCGUCGCUGGCGUUGGACCCCUGAGCAUAAACUCCAACCAGAGCCCAUACCAGACCGACGGGUUGGAGCCUUGGGUGAGAAGGUGUUAGGUGUCACAGGGUCGAGGCACGGAGUUUGUGCCUUCACCUCCUCAUCCUCCUCCUCCUCCUCCUCCUCCUACGGUCGCUCCUUGUCCUCUUCUCGGUUUGAGGAGACGGAGAUCCUCCCGUUUGCAGACAGAAUGAAGUUUUUCGAGGAGACGAGCAAAGGCAAGUCCGGGUCAAACGUCUCAAAUAUGUCAAGUCGCAGGCAGAAGAAGCCCCCCUUGAAUUCGGAUCACAAGGAUGGGGAGCUCAGUCAGCACCCAUCCCAAAGGAGAUACUCCUACCAGGGCGGACUUCUGCAGGAAUGCUCCCUGCUUCCAAACACUAUGGAGGCCAGGCGGCAGUCUGUGAGUACCAGCAGGGAGAGGCAGAGAGAGAAGGAGAGGGAACAAGCGAGAGAAAGGGAGGAGAGGGCGAAGGAACGAGAGAGGGAGGAAAGGUUGAGAGAAAGGGAGAGGCAGCAGGAGAAGGAGAGACAGGAGAGGGAAAUGGAGCUGGAGAGGGCGAGGUUGAGGGAGAUUCAGCGGGAGAGGGAGCGAGAGGAGAGGGCGAGACAGUGGGAGAGGGAAAGAGAGAGAGAGAGGGAGCUCGAGCUGGAGCGAGAGAAAGAGAUGGAGAGGGCGAAGGAGAUGGAACGUCUCCAAAAGGAAAGAGAGAAAGAGCUGGAGAGAGAAAGAGAAAGAGAGAGGGAGAGGGAAGAAGAUUACCAGCUCAACUCGCAUCAAGCUCACCUACACCAGGACAGUUUCCACAACUUCCAUCUCAAGCCUCAGGUUUUCUCCCACGGCCAAAAUCAAGUCCCACGAUCUGCUUUUUACCCGGUCAACCCCCCUUCGACUCAACCUCUGGAGAAACCGCAACCUUUGCACCAGGGAUACACGGAGAGGAGCUACACACCCACAGAAACGUAUCCCGCCCGGCAACAGGAAACGCCCAAGCUCAACAGGAAGUACAGCCUGACUGAGAGGGAUUACCCGAGUUGGAGACGUGAGUCCAGACCUCCGGACCAGCAGCAGGGUCGCUGGGUCCCCCGACAGUUCGACAGCAGCAGCAGCGACGAGCGAAACGGUUACUCCUCCUCCUCCUCUUCCUUCGCCCCGCCGCCUCCCGCUCCUCUCUCUCUACGGGGGCGAGCCAUGUCUGAAAACGACCUCCGCUUCGACAGCAGCUACCGGUGGUCGCCGUCGCUCUCGUCGGCGGCGAGCCAGACGCUGUGCGAGGUGGAGGAAGGAGGAGGAGGAGGAGGAAGAGGAGGAGGAGGAGGUAUUCGGGGGAGAGAGGCGCCGAGCAUCGAUAGGUUAAACAGGAAGAAGACUCCGCCUCCUCCGAGACCUCCGCCCCCAAAAUGGGAGCAGUUUCACCGCCGGCGUGCGUCCCAUCACACCCUUCUCCCUCCCUCAUUCUCCUCUUCUUCCUCUUCUUCUUCUUCUUCACACCAUCACUCCAUCACUCCUUCCUCCCCCUCCUCCUCCUCGUACCUCCUUCCAGCCGAAGAGUCGAGGCAGCGCUCCUACAGUCUCCCCCCUCAGAGGCAGGAAGUGACGGAGAGUUGCCCCCAUUGCACCUGCAACCAAAACCAAGACCAACGCACCAAACACCACCCGCAUCAGCAGCAGCAAACCCCGCCUCCUCCUCCUCUUCCUCCUCCUCAUCCUCAUACGCACGCUACGACCAAUCAGAGUCAGCCUCAGUUUCAGGAGCGCUCCUUUUCCGUCGCCCCGCCCAGCCCGAUGUUCUCCAGACGGGGGUUCAGGCCGGUGGCUCCGCCUCAGAGAGAGACGGAGGGAAACGGGAGGAUGGAGGUGUUAUCUGCUCUUCCUCCUCCGCCUGCAGCUCCAAACAGUUUCUUUAACGUGGACUCCGACCAGGACAGGAUAACAUCCAGACCUCACAAACCGCCACCGGCAGUGAGACCCGGAGCGGAGUGGGAGCGAGCCAACGACACAGAGCUUCCUGUUUUAGGGAACGGAGGCGUCGGGUUACCUCCUCCUCCGUCCUUCUUCUCUGUGGACUACGAGCAGCAGCAGCAGCAGGAAGUCGGGAUGAGCCCAGGCUUCCAGAGCGUCCAACCUCAGAGGAUCCCCGAACCGGGCGCCGAAUCGGAGACGACCCUCAGCCCGAGCCCGGCGCACAGCCUGGAGGCGGACCUGGACGUCCCCAUGGAAACGGACAUCGACGACUUCCAGGAAGAGGAGGGGGUGGGGCUUCUGGGUCGGGACGAGCCGAUCACCAGCGAGCUUCCCUGCUUCGCUCUGCCCGUCACGGUGCUGGAGACGGACAUCGACACCGAGGCGAGGGCGGAGAGCGGGUCUCUGGAGGAAGAGGAGGAGGAGCUGGAGGAGGAAGGCAGCGGCAGGAGUCUGGAGGAGCUCUUCCCACAGAGCGGAGAGGGAGAGACGGGCACGGAGAGCUGGAGAGGAGGAUACCAAACCACGGAGAACAACACCG